CUCGCGAGAGUGGUGUUGCUACUUUGGAAUGUUUCAAUAUGGCGGGCACCAACGAGUUUAUGGUUUAAAAACAAAAAAUUACAUAGACAUCGCGGGAGCCUGUUGUCGUCUUCAAGAAUUAAAUGUCUGAGAUGCAAAAAUGGAUCCUUCAUACACUGAAGUUAUCGCAGCAUCUCUUGUACGAGAAUUCCUCAGCAGAAAGGGUCUGAAGGGAACACUACAGAUGAUGGACCAUGAAAUGCCAAGGGGAGACAAUGCCAUUAGUAACAGACAACUGCUGAUGAGAGAGCUACAUAUUGAGAAACUGAUGAAGAGAAACAAGGAGAUGGUGGAACCAUUAAGAACAAUGCUAGAAAUAAUAACCAAAUACUUCUUAGAGCUGACAAAACCAGGUGAUUUGAUUUUGGUGCCCCAGCCCCAGGAUUCUGACUCUAUGUCUUCCUCUCAGCCAACCCACAAUAACGAAGCAUCUAAUUUAAUAAACCCAGCUGUUGAUAGACCUACCUCUUCUAGUUAUGGCUCAGGAGGAAAGUCGAGAACAGGUGUACGGAAUGGGUCGCAGGAUCUGGUCAUAGAUGACAAUGUGGAGGGGGAGACACUCUUGGGGUCAGGCAAGGCUGGCCUGAUGGACAGGGAGGACCCCAAGGACUCAUUCCCUACCCCACAGAGACUCCAAGGCAGACCCAUCAGUGCCAAGAAGAAAGGAAUGUCUGGACCCAUCACAAGUAAUCUGGAGGACACUGGAAGAAACCGCAAACUAAACAAACCUAGACCUUUGACCUCAGGGUCCCGCAAAAUAAUUCUAGACAGCCCCGAAUUGACCUCUGAACCUAGACGCAGUUCAGUGAAUGAGGACAGACUUUCUGGCACAACAGGAAGUGUAGCGGGCCGUGAAAGGAAGCCGUCCAUUCAGGACGUGCUGGCUGUGGAAGACACCAAACCUUCAAAACCAAAAUCAGCGUCAGGGAGACGCCAGGCAUCCUUGGAGGAGGAUUUCCCAGAAUACAGUGUAGACAAAUCGAGUAUAGCAAACAGACCCCCCACUAGGGGGAGCCAGAGACCAUCCUCCAACCAUUCAGUGGCAUCAAAACUUUCCACGAAAGUAGGUGACCUGGAGUUUGGUGAUUGUGACGACCUUGACUCAGAUUUAGCUGACCUUGACCUGGGACCAAAGUUAUCUGUGAACCGUCCAGUACAGAACCUGAUUGAUGCCCGCCCAAUAACACUACAAACUGCCAUAAAUUUGAAGACCCUGAUAUUUGGGUCGGCUACCCAGUGUUUCAAUGAUGAGUGGAGGUACCAAAGUCUGGUGUUCUGUGAUCUCCCAAAGCUUCAGUAUGGAAUAGUCCAGAAAAAGGGAGGUCCCUGUGGUGUGCUGGCUGCUAUACAGGCUUGUGUUCUACAGGAACUGUUGUUUGGGGAUUGCAAAAUACCAUUGAAACGAUUCGGGGAUCCAACGCAUGAAGAGAGAAGUCAAGCCCUAGCUACAGCUUUGGCCAAAAUCUUCUGGCGAGCAGGAGAGAAUAAAACAGCAGUAGUCACCAUAGGUUCAGGGAAAGCCGUGUUUCAGGGAGGGGCACCAAAGUACCGGGCAGAUGACCUGACAGAGACACUGAUGCUGAAUCACUUCAAGUCCUAUGACAAUCUGCUGGGCUUUCUGAAACAGAAUGUACAUCAUUUUAUGACGGAUGGGACGGGGGGCGUCAUAUUGACGCUGUACUCCGUCAUCUUCUCCCGAUACAUUGACCAGGUGAGGGAGGAUAUGGACGAACCAACAGGAAAGCUGAUGGGAGCUCAUGGGUACUGUACUCAGGAUACGGUCAAUUUGUACUUAACUGGGAAAGCCAAUUCUAAUGUGUUCAAUGACAAAAUCGAGCUGGACUCAGGUACAGGAAGUGAUGUCACAAUCCUUAAGGGGGUUACAGGGAGGUCAAAUAUAGGACUGCUUUCACUGUUUGAACAUUACAAAUCCUGUCAGGUGGGGACUUAUCUAAAAACACCAAAGUACCCAAUCUGGGUGGUGUGCAGUGAGAGUCACUUCAGCGUUUUAUUCUCCAUCAAGAAGGAGCUUAUCAGUGACUGGAAGGCGGAGAGGCGAUUUGAUCUGUAUUACUACGACGGCUUAGCUCGGCAGCAGGAGGAAAUCAAACUCACCAUAGAUACGGUAGAUAUGGGAUUCAAGACGCCAUCUUCUGAAGAGGACCUAGUUCCUCCACUGGAACACUGUAUCAGAACCAAAUGGUCUGGAGCUAAUGUUGACUGGAAUGGGACUGAACCUCUUCUAUAACACAGGAUUUGAUUGGUCAGCGUAAUUUGGAUUCAAGCCUUGAAAAAACCUUAACAGAACCAACAUCUACAUUUCUACCUUCAUAGAGUAUAGAUAUAGAAGAAUGUUUCAGUUGCUUGUUAAAUACAAAUGUGAUUGAUCAACCAGUUUUUAUUUUUUUUCUCCUGCUGCAGCUUAUCAGAAAUCGUUGUGAUAUAUUGUGGACUAAGCACAAAAUAUCAUUGGAAGAAAUACAAUAUAUAAUAUGAUUUGAUAUAAAAACCACAAACUAGGAUUUAGGCUACAUUUAAGUUAUAUUUUGGUAAUAUAACCAUGUUGUUGCUAUUUGCUAUAGUAUAUCAGUUGUCAUAUAUUUUAGUUUAUUACAUUUUUAUUUUUUACAUGUAAUUAACUGCUGAUUCUUGCAAUAUUAUUUUUUUCAGUAAAUUAUCAAGUGUUUUACUGAAGAAUUGAUUAAGUACAAUAAUUUUGAAUAAUGAAUCCAUGCAAAAUGAACUGUGAUCUGACUGAUAUCCUUAUUCACACGGCACAAAUGUUUAUAGAUGCCAUAUAAUGCCACUAACUUUAAUCUAGAAAUAAUUUUUUUUUUUGAAUUUUUUUUUUGUCCAAUCAAAAAAAAAAAAGAAACUAAUCAAUUCAUGUUAUUGUCAGUAAAAUUAUCAAAUUGAUAAUAAAAAGGCAGGCAUUUUAAAACAUUUGCUACUGUUCAUUGUUAUAGUCAAGAGGAAAAACUCUUGGUGAAUAAUAUACGACAUUGUUACUCAGAAGCAGUUAUCUUGCUUUGACUAUUCCUCAGUUAGACACACCAUAAAACUAAACUGCAAAUUGUAAUAGAUUUUCGUAGUUUAUUUAAGACAUAACUUCAGAUGGAAAUAUUGUUCUUUUGUUUUUGCAAAUGAAACUUGUAUUUAACCCCAUUCCUAGAUGAAUUAGCAAAUGUGUACAAUUUUUAGACUGAACUCUAUUCACAUGUCGAAGGUUACAAUGAUAUUGCACAAUUAAAAUAUAGAAAAGUCACCAAAUAUAUUGCAGGCACAUUAUGGACACUGUUCAGUUGCAAAGUGUACUUUAAAUUUUUACUGUACAUUCAAGUAGCUUCAUUGCGGUAAUAAACUUUAAGAUUGUUCUUUCGUGUCAAAUUAGAAUGUGCGAAUGAGAUAUGUGGACUUUUUUUUUUUUGCCUUGAAAAUGUUGUGAAUUGUAUAAUAUUUUUACAAUAUAUAAUACAUUAUUUAUUAUCUACAAAACCCAAGUUAACUUUAUAAGUUGUGCCAAAUAUUUAGUUUAUUGAUUUUGUACAACACUGCAGCUAAUUAUUACAGUAACCAUGUUCAUUUUUGGCAUUGUUAAUAAUUCACUUGCUUUCAUGUUGGAAAUGUUAUUUAUUAGUAUUUAGCUACUUGAUGUUGGCUUUUAGGCAAUGUACCAUACUUUAUAGUGUCAAACUUUUUAUUCACAAGUAUGACAUCAGAUCAUGCAGGUUAGGAAAAAGAUCUGUACAUGACUUGAAAAAUAAUAACAUUUUUUUUUAUAAUUGUAUGAACAUAGUAUUU